CUCAGUUUAUUCCUAAUUUUCUGAAUGUUGCGGUUGCUUUGCUUUACUCCUUAGCAGCAGAUCUGAUUUUUGAUUUUGAAGGACGAGAGAGUUUUGCGGAUUGUAUUAAACCAUAUCUUUUUGCGAUAAUACUCCUAGUCCGGUGCGUAAAUCCAUCCAUAUUCUCAUUAUCCCUUCUAUUAACACGGAUGUCCAGCUUCAAGGAGAGGAUAUGUAUCAGGGUAUAAUGACAACCAACCACGGACCCCCUUCCUAUGAGGCCGGAUUUCUGCACAACGCCUCGGCGGGUACCUCUCCGGUUUAUGUGCCCACCACCCGGGUCGUCACCCCUAUGAUCCCGGCGCUGCCUUACCUCCAGACGCCCGGUGCGUCGCAGCAGAGCAGCCCCGUGUCGAGCCACCCUGCCUGGGCGCAGCCGUGCCCCGACUCGGUGCCCUCGUACAACCACUCUCCUGUUUCUCCGCGCUUUGCUUUCUCCACCAGCCCGCCUCUGUCCUCCGGGGUGGCCUCGGCCAGGGAGACUGCAGCUUCAUACAGCAGCCCGCUAAACAUCUCUGCCAACGGGAGGGAGCACUACGGCGCCCGGAGCCUCAGCGGGUCGUAUCACAGCCCCUACCCGGCCUACAUGAGCCCGAACGUGGGUGGAACGUGGCCGGCGUCCCCCUUUGAUAACCCGGUCCUCCACGGUCUACAAACCGGCGCUCCUCAUUGCACAACACGGCACCCAAACAUAGACCUGUUCGAUGACUUUGCUGAGGGGCGAGAGUGUGUGAACUGCGGGGCGAUGUCGACCCCCCUCUGGAGGCGGGAUGGUACCGGCCACUACCUGUGCAAUGCCUGCGGACUGUACCACAAGAUGAACGGCAUCAACAGACCUCUUAUCAAACCUCAGAGACGGCUGUCUGCCUCGAGGAGGGUGGGCCUGUCCUGCACCAACUGUCACACCACCACCACCACCCUGUGGCGACGAAACGGAGGAGAGCCGGUCUGCAACGCCUGUGGCCUCUACAUGAAACUCCAUGGGGUAGCACGACCCCUGGCUAUGAAGAAAGAGGGGAUCCAGACCCGCAAACGAAAACCCAAGAACCUCAACAAGCCCCAAAGUGGGACCCCAGGGAGCGACGGGACUCCAGUCACGCCAAGCAGCACUCCCCGGGCCUCCACCACCACUGAGGAGCCUCGGCAGAUAAAGACGGAGCCGGACACUCACAGCUUGUACACACACCACAGCGCACAUGCACAGAUUUCAGCCCUGCCAGCUUACAUGACAGCUCAAGGUGGGGCCAUUCCUCUCAAGAUGUCCCCUGGGGGCCACGGUGGGUCUUCUGGCUCCAAAGCUGAGCCCUGGAACAACCUAAUCCUGGCCUAGAAGACCUACCACCCAGCAUCUCAAACCAAUUUAUCUACAGUGAUUAAACUCUCCUGAGAGACAGACGUCUGCAGAAAGCAGACUGAUGCUCUGGAUGCAGAUGUUGCUGCAGCCUACGCUCUGGGACUAACAUGUGGACGCCACAAAAGAAAUGGAGAUCUUAAACAGAACUGCACAGAUAUUUGCGGUCACUCAAAGCGAUCAAGGGACUGAAUGGAGUUUGUUAAAGAGCAGCACUGUGACAACAAUUGAAAAACUUUUUUUUGUCUUUACCAUGCCAGUGCAGUUGCGUUAUGUGACAGAUACUAUAACAUAAACCUGUAACAAAUAAUGGUCAGACUUUAUCUCCUUGAGUUAUUUUUAUUUCAAUAUAUUUCUCUUAAUUUUCAUGUUAUUACGGACAUUUCGGCAUAAAAUGAUGGACACACAAACCAUGUAAAGAAUCACAACAGUAUGUCAGAAGUAGCACCGUGGAGGAGUUGUUUCAAGUGUAUUUAAAGGGUCAGUUCACAAUAAGAAAAAGGAUGUCAAUUAAUUGAGCAUCACACACAAACAUUCAUCUUGGCUGUAAUAUGGCGGCUCAGUCACAGCAGCAAUAACUCAAAACUUUAGUAAAUAAAACUAUCUGCAAAGCAAAAUCAGUGUGAAUGGAAUAUGUAUGUGAUUUGUAAAUAAUUCUACAAAGAGAAGCUAUUCAGGCGCAUUAAACUUACUGUAACGAAGAGAGGAUCGCUCCAGACAUCCAUCACUCCUCAACACCAGAGAUAUGACUUUGUUUCUCCAUCAGAUGCCUGAACUGUGUGUCUUUUGAUUUAAAGUGUAACUACAUGUCAGUAUUGACACCUCUAUGAAAAAAAAACAUGAUAAACUACCUAUGGCACAAGUAAGUUGCACGUUAUGAGUGUGGCUGGAAGUGAAGGCACACAGCUCCCUCUGCUGACACAAGUGCAGAUGUGCAUCCAUAAGAAAACGUAUUUAAUACCUUUAAAAAAUAAAAAAUAAAUACAAAUCCUGAUAGUACUUAUUAUUUAAAUGCACAACCCCAAAACAUACAAUCGUAUGAUCAUCAUCUGCUAGAUGAAGUUAGUUUGAUAGACUUUAUGAUUGUGUAUUGUAUCAAGACUGUACAGAUUAUUAACAAUACUUAAUGCUUUAAUUUGCUUGUGACAAGCAUAUGUAAAUGUGAGAUAUCGCCACAUGUAAUUACCAACAAAUAUAUGAGCAUAUACGUAAAAACUCCACUCCAGUGUAAUUGUAAUACACCGUUUGUGAUAUAUUGUAAGUAAAGACACAGUGUGAGAGAGACAUGUGCACUAACACUACCUGAUGCCCUUCCUCUGUGUGCAACUGUAGCUCUACUGAGGAAACUAAUAAAGACAAAGCAUUUUGACAUCAUGCAAA